AUGCUAAGCCACAGCCCAGGUAGGAUGGACAUUGGAACGAUUGACGUCUACUUGAACAAAUUAGGAGCCAACCUCCCAACCACGGCGUACCAUGACGAAGACCGUGAGAACGAAGCUUGGAGUGUCUACUUGGAGAGGAAGAACGUGGUGCUGGAGUUCCUGCACGCGGACCUCAGCCUCCACCUGCUCCGGCGGCACCACAAAAGGAUUGAACUUCUCAAGAAGUGCUCCUACUACCUUGAAAUCCUGCCCAAGCACCUGGCUCUGGGGGAUCAGAGCCACCUGAUGCUACCCACCACCAUGUUCCAACUGAUCGAUCCUUGGCGCUUCCAAAGGAUGAAAAAAGUGGGCACCCUCCAGACCAAAAUUCAACUGCUGCUCCUGUCUGACCUGCUAGAAGAAUUAGAGAGAGGUCGGGAGGAGUUGGUCCACCUUCUGGAGACUUACGACAUGAUGGCAUUCCUUUCCAGGUGGGACACGGUCAAGCAGAAGGUCUCCAAACUUUCGGAACAGAUGGAUUAUUUCCUGGCCAUGCUGGUCCCCGGACGGUUGUACAUCAAACACCGGCUGGUCUCUGACGUUGGGAUCACCAAAAUCCCACACAUCAGACUAGUCCUGAGUACCAAGAUGCCCGUCAUGUUUGACCGGAGGGAAUCUGCGGCCCACGAGGACUGGGUCAGCCUCAAAUGGCUGAUCACGAGCCAGCAGUCCCAGCUGGAUCAGUUCGAACUCCAGUUUCGGCUGUUGGAGCCCAGAACUCCUCAAGAGCGAGUCCAGUGUGGAAUUAUGCCAGUCACCUCCAACACGUGUGAAAUCCACAACCUCUUGUCUGACCGGUUGUAUCGGUUCACCAUCCGAAGAGCGGAAACGUACACGCUGGUUUACGAACAGUGGCGUGAUUCCAUACUGCUUAAGACUAAACCGUAUCUUGCCGAAAGCGUGGGAGAGACUACCUCACAACCCUGA